AUGGCUAGAACUGGGAGAAGGAGAAGACGGUUGUUACAUAAUGUGAGGAAUGUUAUUGUUAGAAAACCAAGAAUUUUUAAAGAUAGAUCAAAUCCACUUGAGGAUAUGUCCGCGGAAUGUGUUUUUCAACGUUUUCGUUUUUUACCUGCAACAAUUAUGUACAUUACCGGUUUGUUGGCUGUUCCAUUGGAACGCCGAACCCUGAGGAAUGUUUCGAUUCCUCCCCUGAAUCAAGUGUUGAUUUGUUUGCGUUUUUUGGCAUGUGGUUCAAACCAGAUGUUGCUGGGCGAUGCCAUGAACGUUUCCCGGGCCAGUGUUGGCCCUAUCGUCGUCAAUGUCUGUACGGCACUAGGUAACAUCGCUGGACGAUUUCUACACCUACCAAACAACGAAUACAUUAGAAAAAUGAAGCAGUCUUUUCAUCAAAUUUCAGGUUUUCCUAAUGUUGUUGGUUGCAUAGAUGGUACUCAAAUAAGAAUUCAGGCACCCAACAAAAACGAAGAGGAUUUUGUAAACAGGAAGGGAUAUCAUUCUCUAAAUGUUCAGCCAGCAGCUGGGGCCAGGACGGUUAUAAUGGGACAUACAACCCUGUCAUAUUUCCCAGACAACCCUGUGAUAUUCCCAAACAUCCCUGUGAUAUUCCCAGACAACCCUGUCAUAUUUUCCUGUAUCCCUGUGAUAUUCCCAAACAUUCCUGUGAUAUUCCCAGACAUCCCUGUGAUAUUCCCAGACAACCCUGUGAUAUUCCCAGACAACCCUAUGAUAUUCCCUGUGAUAUUCCCAGACAUCCCUGUGAUAUUCCCAGACAUCCCUGUAACAUUCCCUGACAUCCCUGUGAUAUUACCAGACAACCCUGCUACGUACUAUCCCAAAGUUCUUGAUGCUCUACAAUGUCCAAAAGACCUGGAUGCUGGAUGUAAACUGGUGGAUGUUGAGAUGUUAAAAGUUCGUAACAUGUUCCCAGACCCGAACACAAUAGACCUCAAAGGAUGCAUCUUUACGGUACGGUAUGCUAUGUGCGUCACCAACGGCUGUCUGCGUGUCCACAACGAAACAAGGACCCGCAUGGAGAUCAAUCUAGAUGAAUGCAUUAAGCUGGAUGAAAGUCAUUUCUGCUCUGAGGGUAACUGGUGUUCGGCGCCCGCUUCCGAGAUAGUUGUCACACUAAAUGGACAGAAAUAUAACUCGUUUCGAAUGCUACAAGAGUUAGGAUUGUGCAAUGCUAUUAAAAAACUUUAUCGGUGUGUCCAUGGCGGCUGUUUCAUCUAUAUGGAGCUGAAAGAAACUGAAUAUUUUAACAGGGCAAUGGAAGUCUGCGACAAAAGACAUGACCCGAAAGUUCUGCCUGCCUCAGAUGCCACAAGUAUCUCCGCGUCCGUCAUUUUGGUGCUCCUUGGGGCCAUGGCGUUCCUCUUCCAGUAGAUAUACUGGACAGUAUGACGUUUGCUGCGCGCGUUUCCCAAGGGAUGUGACAAACCGAUUAUUUAACUGGUACGACGUGGAACAUGACGAGGUCAAUCUCAAACUUGCAGCAAACGUUUAAUUAACUGGUUCGACGUGGAACAUGACGAGGUCAAUCUCAACCUUGCAGCAAACGUUUAAUUAACUGGUACGACGUGGAACAUGACGAGGUCAAUCUCAACCUUGCAGCAAACGUUUAAUUAACUGGUACGACGUGGAACAUGACGAGGUCAAUCUCAACCUUGCAGCAAACGUUUAAUUAACUGGUUCGACGUGGAACAUGACGAGGUCAAUCUCAACCUUGCAGCAAACGUUUAAUUAACUGGUACGACGUGGAACAUGACGAGAUCAAUCUCAACCUUGCAGCAAACGUUUAAUUAACUGGUACGACGUGGAACAUGACGAGGUCAAUCUCAACCUUGCAGCAAACGUUUAAUUAACUGGUACGACGUGGAAUAUGACGAGAUCAAUCUCAACCUUGCAGCAAAAGUUUAAUUAACUGGUACGACGUGGAACAUGACGAGAUCAAUCUCAACCUUGCAGCAAACGUUUAUUUAACUUUGUUUUGCCUUUAUCUCUUUCUCUUUCUUAUAAAUUAGCUUUCAUAUUAAUCAUUAAAUAGAUAUAUAAACUGCACAAUCAUUAAAUAGAUACAUAAACUGCACAAUCAUUAAAUAGAUACAUAAACUGCACAAUCAUUAAAUAGAUACAUAAACUGCACAAUUUUGUUUCUCGCACAUACGUUAUGCUUUUCAAUUAUUGAACCAAAUGGUUAACAUAUAUUCAUACACACAUGCAUGCAUGCUCACAUGCAUUCAUCUCUCUCUCUCUCUCUCUCUCUCUCUCUCUCUCUCUCUCUCUCUCUCUCUCCUUAAAUACCCCCACCCCCACCCCCAGACACACACACCUUCUCAAACUUGCAUCUGCGCCUGGUUUUGGUUAUCUCUUUAAACUCACACACACGCACGCACGCACACACACCCAUACACACACACGCACGCACACACACACACAUACACACGCACAAACACACAUACAUACACACACACACAUACACACACACACACACGCGCGCGCACGUACACACACACACACACACACAUACACCUCACUCUUGGAUCUGUG